AUGCCCAAGGCAUCAACUUCCUCUCGCUCGGCCGCCGCUGCCCGCAGGCACAAUCCUCUGGCCGACGAUCUGACAUCUGCGGGCCAGCUACGAACGCAGUCUGCCAAAAAGAACAAGCGCAAUUCACAGUCUGAAGAAGAUGGGCACGAUGGAGAGCGAUUCGUUGAUGCGAAGAUGUCCCGUAAGAUCCUGCAGAUUGGACAAGAAUUGGCCGAUGAGGAUGCUGCCGAACGAAGCGCUGCAAUGGGGGAAACAAGGGGCAAAGUGAACUCUGCGUUUGAUUUCGAAUCCCGAUUCGAAGAUGAUGAGCCUCUGUCAGACGACGAAGAAAAGUUUGCGGAAGAUCAAUGGGGAGAAGAUGAAAUUGAAGAAGUUGAGGUUGACCCGAAUGAUCUUGACAUGUUUCAUAAAUUUGUUCCCGGUGGUGAUGAGGACCCGAUAUUCAACCCCAGUAACCCGGACGCCGACGGCCAAAGUACGAACUUGGCAGAAUUGAUUCUUGAAAAGAUUGCGGAGCAUGAGGCGAAGCAAUCUGGGGAAGGUGGGCCAUUCAUUCAAGGAGGUGGACUAGCAGAAGAUGCUGUCCAAAUACCUGCAAAGGCUGUCGAAGUAUAUGAAAAAGUUGGAAUGAUUCUCUCCCGUUAUAAGUCUGGGCCUCUUCCGAAACCUUUUAAGAUUCUCCCAUCAGUUCCAAACUGGCCGACCCUUCUGUCUAUUACGAAUCCGGAGUCGUGGACAGCCAACGCUGUUUACGCUGGUACCAGAAUUUUCAUUUCGUCUAAGCCUGCUGUUGCUCAGGAAUUUAUCUCGACCGUAUUACUGGACCGUGUCCGCGAAGAGAUUCACGAGACUAAGAAGCUCAAUGUUCAUACGUACAACUCGCUUAAGAAAGCUCUGUACAAACCCGCUUGUUUUUUCAAGGGGUUGCUGUUUCCCUUGGUCUCCAGCGGAACCUGCACCCUCCGGGAAGCUCACAUUGUCUCUUCGGUCAUCGCACGUGUCUCCAUCCCAGUCUUGCAUUCCGCUGCCGCUCUACUCCGUAUGUGCGACCUUGCAGCCGAACAGUCCAUGAAGUCCUUGGAAAGUACCGGCGCAGUGAACAUGUUCAUCCGUAUAUUCUUGGAGAAGAAGUAUGCACUACCAUACAAGGUGAUUGACGCGCUCGUUUUUCAUUUCCUGCGCUUCCGCGCAAACGACAAUUCUGAAGACGCGAUGAUGACUGAUGGACUAUCUGGAGCCACCGCCAAGGCCUACAAACUCCCUGUUCUUUGGCACCAAUCUCUGCUGGUUUUUGCACAGCGUUACCGCAAUGAUAUCACGGAAGAUCAGCGUGAGGCUCUCCUGGACCUGCUGCUUGUUCGCGGGCACAAGGAUAUUGGACCCGAAGUGAGACGAGAACUACUGGCUGGAAGAGGUCGAGGUGUCGUGGUUCCCGACCCUGAGAAGCAGAAUGCUCUCGACGCUGGAGACGACACCAUGGAUGUUACGUUCUAG